GUGGAACAAAUGUGUGGUGUCGCCGCCGCAAGGAAGCCAUGGUUUCGAGGAGCAGUAGGGCUGGCCGGAGAGGACGGACGCGCGUGUCGGUCAUCUAAGAGAGAGGAAACUACAUAGAUGCCGAGUACCCGGCUCGCACCCGGGCCCUGGCCGCUGUGCGGUCGCUGUGGUGUCGCCUACGGAGCUCUAUGUAGUAGUGCCUGUUGCGGAGGGCUUAAGGUGCAAACCUUGGGGUUCCGUGGUUCUCUGUGCACGCCCAACGACAACGAAAGGCCGUAAGCCGCAGAGAGCCCGGUAGAGAGGUUCGGCCUCGCCUCUUUGACUAGAUACC